AUGUCUCGACUUGCACAAGCAUUGUCCUGGACGUACCGCUAUUUUGGUAUAUCGUCAAUUUACGCCACCGGCAGAAAUGCCUACCUCAUCAUCUUGGCGCGCUCGCUGCGCAUGUUCGCCUUUGGCACCACUUUUAUCCUGGCUCUCUUCUUCAACGAGCUCGGCUUCACCGACUAUCAGAUCGGCCUGUUCUUCACGCUGACCCUGCUCGGCGAUGUCAUCCUCGGUACCCUUCUCACCUUGGUCGCCGACCACGUCGGAAGGCGACGUAUCCUGCUCGCCGGCUCCGCCCUCAUGAUUAUCAGCGGCGUCGUUUUCGCCUACUUUGAAAACUUCUUCAUCCUGCUGCCGGCCGCCAUAGUCGGCGUCAUCAGUGCCACGGGCGGCGACUUUGGUCCCUUCAGGUCUAUCGAGGAGUCCAUGCUUUCACAGUUGACCACUCCUGACACCAGGGCAGAUGUCUUGACGUGGUACGUUACCAUAGCGCUGCUUGGCUCUGCUCUAGGCAGCGAGGCUGCUGGGAGAAUCAUAGACACCUUCCAGAGCCGCGCGGGAUGGACGCUGCUCGCUUCUUACCAUGCCCUGUUCUGGCUGUAUGCUAUAAUGGGCUCUGUCAAUGCCUGUUUGGUGCUGCUCAUGACCGACGCCUGCGAACUUGACGUGGACGACGACGCCGGAGAAUAUUCUCGGCUGCUGCCGGAAGACGAUGCACGCCUGUCGACUGAGGGAGUGGACGACAUCACCGUAGACGGCGCGACAGUUGUCAACCCCGACGGUGUGCAUCUUGCUACAUCCAAGUCGGCCUCUUCUGAAGGUUGGUUCCGAAGGUACUUUGGGUGGAUAUCGGCCUCUUUCUCCAACAUCUCAGCGCCAACCAGAUCUACCAUGUACAAGCUCUGGAUUCUUCUGGCUCUUGACUCGGUUUCAGACGGCAUGGUUCCUCCGUCGAUAACCAACUACUUUGUGGACCAAAAGUUCCACCCGGACAAGUCGACACUCGGCGACGUCCAGUCAACCGCCUCGCUCCUAGGCAGCAUUGGCACGAUCUUUGCGGCCCCGCUGGCUCGUCAGAUUGGAUUAAUCAACACCAUGGUCUUCACGCACGUCCCAUCGUCGGCGGCGGUUCUAUUAUUCCCCUUGCCAUCGGCAUUCUGGCUCACGGCCGUGCUCCUGUUUGUACGCACGGGACUCAACAGCAUGGACCAGGCGCCGCGUUCGGCCUUUAUUGCGGCUGUGGUUAGGCCCGAGGAGCGCACGGCCGUCAUGGGCAUCACGGCCAUGGUGCGAACGCUGGCGGCGACGACGGGGCCGAGCAUCACGGGCAUCCUGGCGGGCAACAACCGGUUCUGGAUCGCCUUUGUCGUGGCGGGCGCGUGCAGACUCACUUACGACUUUGGGCUGUGGAUGCUGUUUGUCAACACGCCUCUGAGUCAACACGAGGACGGUGGCAGUGUGUUGGAUGAUGAGGAGGAGCAUGGGACCUCUGAGGGAUCAGGUUUGCGGAAUGGGGAAGGGAAUGUUGGGAUUGUGUCCAAAUAA